AUGGCUCCUCGCAAUGAGCGAAGCUCGCUGAAGCGUCGUCGGGAAAGCGAAGACCAAUCAGGUGUCCAAAAGUCACAAAAGCCGAGGCGUUCAGAACGAUUGGUUUCUCAGACUGAACCAACAACCGACGCGAAAACCCCGGUGAAGAAUACUUACCUUCCGACGCCUUUGACACACCAUGACUCCACAGCGACCGAUAUUCAAAAAGCUGUGACCAUCACACCAGAAGGGCGCCGCCUCUCAAGUCCUGAAGAGAGCCUGCCAGUCUUCUCGUCUCCGCCCGGUGACACCCAAGCACUUUCUCAGUUUGUGUACCCGCCCCGAGCAUUCGCAGACGAUGUAGAAGACGAAGCCGCGGAAGGUGUCUGGGGAUACCUAAUUCCUCUGGAUGAUAAGGCCGGGCAUGCUCUGGUGCUGAAGAAAAGGAACAGCUGUGAAAGCGGUUCGUGCGGUCAAACCGAAAGAGAAGCAACAAGCUCGCCGAGUCGGAGCUCGAAGAAGCAGUCAAAUGCGCCUAAGAAACCAGACUCUGCCAAACCGCCGGCCUAUCCUCCAAGUGGCUAUCUUAUUGGACGUCACCCUGAAUGCGACCUCGUUUUGGACAUCCCUACCAUUUCUAAUCGUCACUGUUUGAUAUUUAAUGAGACAAGAAACGGAGACGUUGUCGCUGUCAUCGAAGAUCUUUCCAGCAAUGGAACAUUCGUUAAUGAGGCCCUCCUAGGCCGUAAUAAGAACCGGGAACUCGAGGAUGGUGAUGAGGUCACAAUCAUUGACGAGGCUAGAUUUGUAUUCCGGUACCCGCGAACGAGGGACACGAGUGGAUUCAGACAACAAUAUAGAAUCCUUCAGCAACUUGGAAAGGGUCAUUUUGCUACAGUCUACCUUUGUGUCGAGCGGGCUACCGGUAAGAAAUUUGCUGUUAAAGUGUUUGAAAGGCGGCAAACCGAGUCACAAAAGUCACAAGCCGAAGCUCUCCAGCAAGAAAUUGCUCUGUUGAUGAGUGUGAAUCACCCGAACGUCUUGUGUCUAAAAGAUACGUUUGAUGAGCGAGACGGCGCGUACUUGGUCCUUGAACUUGCUCCUGAAGGUGAGCUCUUCAACUACAUUGUUAGAAAGCAAAAGCUAUCAGAGAGCGAGACUCGCAAAGUAUUUAUACAACUAUUCAAUGGUUUGAAAUAUUUGCAUGAUCGGGGCAUUGUGCAUCGUGAUAUCAAGCCCGAAAACAUCCUUCUUGCGGAUAAGAACCUCCAUGUGAAGUUGGCAGAUUUUGGGCUAGCCAAGAUCAUUGGAGAAGAUUCUUUCACUACUACAUUAUGUGGAACGCCAAGUUAUGUCGCUCCCGAGAUUCUGGAAGAAUCCCGGCACCGACGAUACACCAAGGCUGUCGAUAUCUGGUCUCUAGGCGUGGUACUUUAUAUUUGCCUCUGUGGUUUUCCACCUUUCUCCGAUGAGCUUUAUACUCCUGAAAGCCCGUAUAACCUGGCGCAACAGAUCAAGAUGGGUAAAUUCGACUAUCCGUCCCCUUACUGGGAUUCCGUAGGGGACAUUGCCUUGGAUCUAAUAGAUCGCAUGCUCACUGUGAACGUUGAAAAGCGAAUUACGGUAGAUGAAUGCCUCGAGCACCCAUGGAUAACUGGCAAGUUUCCAAGCGUCGCUGACAGUACUGACGGGUUGACCGGCGCCAUGGACCAACUUGAUUUCUCCAGACGAAAAGUCGAGCGCGAACGAACACUGCUCAGUUCAAUCGUCGAUGUGGAAGUCCAUGAUGUUGUUCAAGAUGACGAUGAAGAGGUCAAAGUGUUUCGCAAGAACCCAGCCAACAAACGCGUGCACCAGCCGAAAGAACACAAGCAUGAACCGUCACCGGCUGCGAACCGUCCGCCAGCUGAAUUCGUGAAUAUGGGAGGUCGCGGAGACCAAGUCUUGUACGACGAUGAGGCAAGCACUCGCCCUCCUUCCAAGGGCCAUCGCAAGCACUAG